CGUGAGACAAGUCACGUGACUUAAGAUGGCCGUAGAAAUAACUGUACAUGACGGUCGUGCAUGACUGUCAUAUGCAUGCUUGUUAUGUCAUCAAGUGAUGCAUCAGCAUGUGUGUAUCCCUCCGUACCAUCAGGAUUAAUCAAACAUGACUGAUGCACAGGAGGACGAAAAUGCAAAAGAGGAUUCUGAGCCACUGCGGCGGACACGCCCGCCAAGCAAGAAGCGAUUGGAUGAUGAGGUGGAUGCUAUCAUGGUAGAGAUCCGUGAGAAGGAGGCAGAACUUAAAUCAAUUGGAGGUCGAGGAGAGGAUUCAUUGAAGAGUAUAAGAGCAGAGAAGGAAGCUACCUUUGAACGCAGGAAGAAGGUAGAUUCUGACCUGAAGGGCCUCAAUCAGGCUAUAACACAGAAGAUGAAUGCCCUGUCCAAACUCCAGUCCAGCCUCCACUACACAACAGAGGAAAAACACAAUGAUGCUAUCAGGAAACUGGAGUGGAACAUGAAGGUUCAAAACUUCAAACUGUCUCAGGAAAAGAAGAUUGUUGCUGAAAUAGACAGCCUGAAGAGAUCCAAGAAAAUGCUGAGUUCUUACCUGUCUAUGAAGAAGGAGAUAGAUGAGAGUCGAGACAGACAGCGGCGAAUGAGGGAGGAGCGAGACCACUACUUCCGCACCGUCAACCAACUAAAGGCCAAGGAAGAGGACAUCAGGAAGAAAAGCUCCACCAAUAAAUCCAGGGCAGAAGUACUUAAGAAAGAAAUCAAUGAACUGUAUGAAAGGAAGCGUAGCAUGGUGGCAGAAUUCCGAAAACAGAGAGAUGUAUUUCAAGAUAUCAUGAAGAAACAGCGAGCCGAGAGCUUCAGAAGAAGGGAGGAGGAGAGACGAGCACUGCUAGAGGCCCAGCAGAAGGAAAUAGAGGAGAUGGAAGCGCUGAAGGAGCCGUAUGAGGAUGAGAAGAGUCUGUGUAAUACCCUCAUACAGUACCUUCACAAAAUAGGUCCCAGCGGUGACACCACCGAUGCAUCCGCCCCAUCACACGCCCCAGAUGAGGCAGCCAGUAGCAGUCAAGCAUGUGCCCCUGCUCUUGAGAACGAGGAUGGGUAUCGUCUUCUACGGAAAUCAGAUGAAGAGGAAUUCCCUCCCCUUGGUCGCCGCUCAAGUAAGAGCCGCCGCCGUAGCCGCAAGCUAUCUAUGACCAAACCAGUGACCCACACCCCUCAUGUGAUCAGUCAGUUCUCCUCGCUGAACCUGAGUGCUCCAUCCAGCUUGGUGGAGAUCCCAGCCUCUCUGGAGCAUCUUCAAGGCAGGAAGCUGUACUAUGAACAGACGGCUAGAGAGGUGAAGAGCCUGAACUCGGACACUUCCCCAGAUGCCUUGCUGUCCGAUAUAGCCAGUCACCACCGAUGUCGCACAGAGACGUGGGGUUUCAUGGGGGAUGAACAGCCAAUCGUGGAGGAACUUUCUCAGAGUGAGGCUGGCGUUUCCGCCACUGAAAGCGUUGUGUGUGAGAUGUCUCGCCAGGCUAGCAAGACCGAGAGCUGUGAGAGUGCCACGGACACCCGUCCUAGCGACACGUUGAUGGAAGAACUCCUCCAGACCUGCUGUGAUGGCGGCUGUGCCAGCAAAUUGAAAACAGAUUUCCAGGAUAUUGAUAGCCAUUCCCUCUCGGACAGUUCCGACACCCCUCGCAGCGAGUCCACCUUAGAAGGGAGCAAUGGAGAAUCUAUGGGCAGUGGUAACGACUUUGAGAGAGAACUGCAUUCUGGAAGCCUUCAAGCAGAGACACAAAGUCAUAUAUGCAUGUCUAAUGUAGGCAAGCCACUUACUACUACUGAGCAUCAACCUCAGGAUGCAGGCAUUUCCACAUGUACCAAUCAGCCAGACUGUGAUAAGACGACCCGCUCUAGUGAUAGGACACUUACACCAGUGGGUGCAGCAUCUGCUGAAGAGUCUCGACAAACUGACAGAGAGAGAAAAACUAUAAAAAAAUGUGAAGGCAAUGGACAUAUCAAGACAUCAGACAAGAAAUCGAGGACUAGUGCAAAUACAAGUCUUUCAAACCAGACGACUAAGAUGUGAGUUGUGGUUCCAGGGUCAAGCAAGGUGAUUGUCUUGAUCUUAAGUAUACAAGUUGUAUAAUCCUGAACAUUGUAUAUUUCAUAAGUUGAUAGAGGAAGAGGCCAAAUUGAGCAAAAAUGGGUACUUGGUUACUGAAGUGGUCAAUUUGGUCAUGUCAAUUCUUUGCUAGAUUCAGAUAAGUUUGUUAUUUUGAUGAUGUUAAACAUCUGUAUACAAAAGGUGAACCAGACCCAAAUGAUUAUUUUUUAACUUAUUAAAAAUAUUCUUUACUAAAUAUUUUAGAGUAAAAUUUUGUGUGUGAUUGAGAGGGAAAGUUAAGGAAGGUGAGCUUCGCAUUUUACCUACAGACUGUAUUACUGUCAGAAGAGCCUUGGCAGUUUUACCAUGAGCAAUAAGUCUUUUGACACUUCAUGUUAAUUAUAUAAACCAAAUUAUUUAUUUUGCUUGUGUAUGUAUUACCCUAUUUUGAGUUAGCAGUUUACUGCUGCAUGUCUGCAUUCAUUUGGUUGAUAUUGGACAAUCCGUGUUCUGUGGCAAUAGAAUUGUAGCAUUAUUUGUUUGUACGUGAAGCUAUUUUUAAAUGAAGUUGUCAUAUUGUGAACAGGACAAAGACAUUAUAACAAAGACAUCAAAUUCAUUAAACUGGAUUUGUAUAUUUGAAACCAAACAUUUGCCAUAUUUAUUGAUCACAAACAGCAAAGUUAAUGGAACAGUUUCACUUGUAUGUUUGAAGAUAAUUAGUUUAACAGAAAGUCGGUGUUUAUUUUAACAUGAACUUGAUUUGAUUUCUUUCAUUAAAAUGACCACAACAAGCACCUGUUAUGACUCCACGACCUUGGACCUAGUGGAGCAAGUGAUAGUGUAGUCUCUGCUGUUUUCAGAUGCAUUUGGGGACUGAGGGUUCAUGUUUAUAUUUAUAUAAUUCAAGGCUAAUGAUUGAGAUGAGUUGUAGAGUGCAAGAACAGUACAGACUUCAGACUGUGAGGGACUAAGGGCUACUAUUCUCAGUAUUGGUUUUACGAUGUCUCUGUUCACUGUCUCAAAUGUAUGAACAUACUCCAUACAUAUAUUAUAAUUAUCUCAGGGAUUUACCUAGGAUUUCAAAGUUAGUGCCCUCGGCAGGCGAAUUGGGAAACAAUGUUAUUUUGGUAUUUUUAGAAGCUCUGAUUUGCAGAAGUAUUUUAACAUUGAAUUUUGACAUUGCAUUCAAGCCUCUUCCUCAGUAUUGGUCAUGUUAUCAUGUUAUCAGUGAAAUACAAGUCACCGCUACAAAGCCAGAACAUGUUUAUUUCCAAUGUGGAAAUUUGAAUGACGUGCUGACACGGACCUGAAUAUCGGCCUCUAAGCAGGUCUAGAUAAAUCCCUGCAUGUGUUGUGUGGUGACUCUCUGAAACCAUCCACUUGAAUCAGGUGUCCUUGACCUACCAGAAUUUGUAAACUGCUGAGACAUUCAGAUCUUGUUAACCAAAUAUCAGCCAUUAACUCUUACAGUGGUUUCAUCCCCGCGGCCAAGCAUUGUAAUCUGUAUUACAUUUAUGAACUUAUGUCAAACUCUCUGAUUAUCCAAAAUAAUUUGGAUCUUGAAUCUUGUGUAAUGCUUACUGUUUAUUAUUGAUGAUGUACCAGGUUUAAGUAUGAUACGGUAAGUAUCGCUGGUUGAUAGUAUUGUGAUCAGUGGUCAUGUGCCUUGUAUUGGACACACCACCUGUUCAGCUGUCUCAUCCCUUCAUGGUGUCAUGUACAGGACAGCCAUGUGGACCAGUCCCAGACAAAUCUGCAGUCAAAUUGCGGCAAAACUGACAAAUUUCUGCAGCUAAAAUUUCACAAUUCUGUGGUAAAGUCUGCAGCAAAAACAUAACAAUUUCCCCUGAAAAAUAAACGCAAACUCAAAAUGGACAUUUCAAAACAUAAAAUUAUGUAAAUAAAUAUGCAUAGUGUCCCUGAUAUUUAUUAAUGAUUUGAUGUAAACAUAGUUUAUGACUUUAUGUAGUCAUAUUACCACAAGAACGUUUAAGAGUGACAAUUAUUUAUUUCAAAUUUUGUUUUAUUGAUGAUCAUAUUUUGUAUGUUUGAAUUGCAUGUUAAAUGAGUGAUCGAGUGAGUGAGUGAGUGAGUAUGGUUUUACGCCACUUUUAGCAAUAUUCCAGCAAUAUCACGGCGGGGGAAACCAGAAAUGGGAUUCACACACGGGCAGCAUCGAAGUGCAAACUUCUAUUAACAGGCUUGAACAGGCUUUAUUUUUUAGAAUACAUUUUAUUAUUCCAUUUCCAUGUACAUGUUAACAAAUAUAUAGAGUGGGCAAGUACAGUUACAAUCAAGGAAGAAGGCGGAAUAAAACCCAAUUAAUGGCAGGCCUGUGUACACUGUUUGAAGUGGUCAGUGAUUACACAUGGAUAACAUACUUUAUGAACGCUUCAUGACUAUGGACAUAGUAGAAGUCUGUUGCUUCCAAAAUCUUAUGAUAACAAUGCAUUCUGUUGAAAUGCCUAUCAAACAAUUCAAUGGGUUCUGUUGUUUUUGUUUGCUUUUUUUUCUUUCUAUUUGACAAAUAUCACUCACUCAAUUAAUGAUACAUCAGAUACAUCAAAGGAUGUUUUUUUGUUGAUAAAUUCUUGAUAAAUAAAUGAAUCUUUUUGCAAAGAUUGAUAAGGCAAAUUCUGUGAUUUUUCUGCAAUUCUAUGGUAAGUUACAUUUUCUGCAAAUUUUCUGCAGAAUUUGUCCGGGACUGAUAAACAUGUAUGGGAAAUAAUAAAAAAAAGAAAGUUUGCUCUUAACAGAUAUUUCCUGGCUAAUCAUAUCAGGCUGCAUGUGCAGCUGUACAUAUAUGCAGUGUUUGGAAUAAGUAGAAAGUCAAGGGGUCGUGGUUACAUGACCAUUAUGUAAAAGGUUUAAAGUUUAGAGGGUCCCUAGAUUCUAAUACUAUAGCAGCAAACCUCAAUGACUCAGGAACCCACUCCAAUUUUGAACACUGUUUACGGAAUGUGAAUUCCCACUUCAGUCAGUUAUGAAACAAAACCUUCAUGAUAUCCUGUUGGGUGCAAUUCCUUGUCUUGAAAUGCUACUAAAUAUGCCAGCUUUAUUGAGAACCAUUGAAAUGAAGAUGGAAUAAAGUUUUGAAGAAAGCAGAAAGUCACGAUGUAUGUUAUGUAUCCAGCAUGAGGUGUAACACUUGUUAUGGCUUGUUGAGAAAGGAGGAGAUAGACACACCAUAUGUUGUGCUGAAUGAAAUAUGCAGUUAUGCAAUAUUGGACAAACAAUACUCUGUUGUGAUGAGAAGCAUUUACCGUGUCACAGUGCCUUAAACCGUGCUACUGUGUCCCUAGUGCACUGUUCAGUCUGAACCCUUCGUUUCAUGUCCAUCCAUUCCACAAAAAAGUCAGAUCACAUUCACGCAGACAAUGUUCGCAGUGUAGGGCUAGGCUGCGCUAUGUCUCCAUCCUUGCUUAUCCAGUGUGUUUUGUCUCCAUUCUAUUGUGAUAAUUACCCUGGCCUCAUUCCCCGCCAUGGCUUUAUUUCCAAGAUGUCACCAUCUCCAUGUCCCUCGUCACCGAUUUUCUCUUCUUUUUCAUGAGCUUGAAAUCAACAACCGAUCAACAGGUCCUUCUGAACAUGAGCACGGCAUAGACCUUCAUUCAACUUUGUGGUUUUGUACGAGGGAGUCCUCUGUGUAUUUAGCUGAUUCUUUGCACUUGUAGCUAGAAAUGUUCUUUCUUGGGGAAGAAAUUCAUUAUAGUUUUUUAAAUGGCUUCAAUCUUGGCCCGAGAUCAUUAUGAGUCCUAGAAAUUAGGCGGCUAGAAGUAUUGAAAUUUUUAAAUAAAUAUUACAGCUAUUGGCAAUGAUCAUCUUACAAUGCUGAUCAUUUAUUUUAAGCAUGUGUAAUAUUUCUCUGAAUGUUUUCAACAUACUGUUAAGUUUCUUUGAGUAGGAUUUAUUGAAAAUUGUGUUAUUUCAAAUGUAUCCCUUAAAGAUUAAUUGCAUUAAUUCAAUAUGUAUAUGUUAUGGAAUUUUGGGGCUGAAUGUCCCACACGAAACUACUGAUGAUGCAAUUAAUUGUGUUAGCGAGCACAUAUUGAUCUUGAGCUUUGGGAGAAGCCUGGCGUGUUGUUUGCUGGUACACAUAACAUGACUUAUGUUAUCUUCACCAUCAUUACUUACUACCGAUUUAAGCAAAAUUAAUAUGUGACCAUUUUUACAGGAAUUACCCACAGCUAACCUCAAUCAGAACAGAUGGCAUCUGUUGGUUCUACUGAUAGAAGUUCCUUUAGAUGGUGGCACUCAUGCGCUUCUGCUGGCAUUCCUUUACUGCCACUGUUAUUUCUUUAGUACACCUUGAUGUUAACUGUAUAGUACGCUUUUCCUAGAUGGCCUUACCAUAUUCUGAAACAAUAUUCUCCAGUUUGUUUCUCUUGUUUAGCGGUAGCGAGAACUAAGAUCUGAUUUUAAUGAGAUUGUGGAAGACCUAAACUAACACAUGACCUAAAAAGGUCACAAUGGAGUUGCCUUUCGAACAUGCUGACUGUGUGAUAAUGACAGUUAAAACUUUUAUCUGACACUUAAAUAGGGAAUAAAGCAGCAACUAGAAUGAGCACUCCAUGGCUACCUCUAAGCCCUUCAGUUUUGCUUGAUGGCUACCUUUAAACACACCCCUUUCACCCAGUUUCGAGUGUCUGAGGAAGAGCUGAAAGACUUUUCUUUAUGUGUGGUACAGAAGUACCGGAAUCCGGACAAAAAGGCAUUGCUUUUUCUUUUCAUUCUAUUACUGUAUCUGAUGAGAUGUCUCUGCUGUCCUGUAUAUUGUUGCCAAGCAAUUUGAAUGAUAUGCAUCAAAGUGUCUGUACAAAAUAAUAGGGGCGGUCGGGUAGCCUAGUGGUUAAAGCCUUCGCUCGUCACGCCAAAGACCCGGGUUCGAUUCCCGACAUGGGUACAAUGUGUAAAGCCCAUUUCUGGUGUCCCCCGCCGUGAUAUUGCUAGAAUAUUGCUAAAAGCGGCGUAAAACCAUACUCACUCACUCACUCGCUCACAAAAUAAUAACCUCCACUUUUUAAGUGUUGGAUGAGACCAGAUUACAAGGAUAGUUAUGUCCCUUUGCCAUGCCAGGAUUUUGCUGUCACGUUCAGAUCCUACAUUCACCCUGAUUAUGAUACUUGUAUUGUCAGCUACUUACUCGUGAGUUUGGCUUAGUGAUAAACAUACAGGACCCGCAUCACAUUAAUUUUCCUGCUACAGAGGGUAAACUUCUAUGCCAAAUGUGGCUGAAAAAACUUGGACUAUAAUUAUUUCUAAUGUUAACAGAUGAUUAUGUGUCAAGGUUGAGGUCUUCUGUUUGUAGAUACUUAUAUAUUGCCCCUGUGUAAUAUUGGUCUUGAUCCUGUCAAGGUAGAAAUUCCAAGUGCCAUUGAAGAGUUCAUUGUUGUCCUUGUUGCUCGACUAGCAAAUAAUAGGGGUAAGAUUUUUGUCUUUUCAGCUGCGUUCUUCAGUGUAUAUUACUGAGAGGAUACUAUAGAAGUAGAAACUUGAAAACUGAGAAAACUGGUCCCAGGGUUUACUUGCCACUGUUGAUUUGGUUCAAGAAUGGUUAGAUUACACCAGACAGGGUAUUUAUGGUUUCAGUAUUGCUGAGUUUACCAUUAGGAGAACUAGAGUACUGGCUAUCACUCAGUCUACAGCUGAAUCCACUAGUCCCAAGCUCGAGUCUAGUAACAUUCUGUUUAGUCUAGUAAGCUCAGCUAAUAAAAGUCAAUGUUACAAUAUUAUUUGAUAUAUUAAUAGGUACUGAAAGUGAUGCUGAGGGUCCAAUUCAGGCCAGUAGAUUCAGAGGUUUUCUGCACAGACUGUGCUCACUGAUAUGUCCUUGAUUUUGCAUUUUAUGUGUAGGAAUAGAAUGCACUUAAAGCAUUCAGCAAGGGGCAUUGGAUAAGGGUAUGCGGCAAACUAUCUAUGACUUGACGAAUUGCACAAGCAAUGACAUAUUUGUGUAGUGGUCCCAACUACUGUUGACAAGUUACGUGAGCACUGAUGUAGCUAGGUUGUAGUUCUUUGUUGCCUCUCACUGGCCAUGGGGGAUAGUUCCUUUCUUGACAAUGUGGAAACCUGCUGUCUUGGGCAGGAGAGUAAUAAGUUAUAUAUUUCUAUUGGUCACAAACCCUUGAGUCUCCUAGACCAGACAAGAGCUGAAUAUUUUUAAGAUGGAAUCCGCCUUUUUGGGACUUAAAUUGCACCUUCAUAUAUCUAAGGCUACUUUUUACUUUCUUUUGUAUUAGGUUUUAUUCAUGAUGUUAAGUUUGACAUUUAGAUACUUUGAAAAUACUACAUGCCAGUUAGUUUGACUGUGUAAAGUAGAUAUGUUUUGUUGUUGUUGAAACCAUUGGUAUUUAUUAGCUUUGAUCAAGAGUUUGUCUAUUUAUGAUCUCCAUUCAUUAGUCAGCCAUAUCCUUCAACACAGUGAGGAUGUGGAUAUAUAUAUUUUCAGCAAUAAAUAAUUUAUUCAUUAUUCUUUUGUAAGUGCAUUCAAUGUAACACACUGGCAGAUCUAGAUGAACUGAGACCUCACAUGUUUACUGUGCACGCUCCCCGUUUUAUAAGUCCUGGUUUGACCCAAUUAUGUUUCUAGGUCUGUCACCAAAGUGGUAAACAUGUAAGACCUGCGUCACUUCAGGCUUUCCUCCCCCAUAAAGCUAACAUGCCGUGAUAUAACUAGAAUACUUUUUUCGGUGGCAUUAAACCCAACUGACUCAGUAAAAGUCUUGGUUCUGCCUCAGAUACAUGUUGCAUGUGUUACUUGUCAGUACAACUAGAAAUUGCUCUUCAGGAUUUCCAACAGAUCAAUAAGGAUUUGGAGAUGCUACAUUUUCUUAAUAGGUCUCCAGUGGUCACAUGCUUCUUUAUUUCAGAGAUAUCAGUUGUUGUCGAAGAGCAGGAACAUUGUAAUCCACACUCCUGUAAAAUAAUUAUGUGCACCUUGGCAGUGCCUUAAUUUGAAGGGGUGCUGGGCUGAUGUUAUUUGGAAGUCCAGGCACCUUUGAUCCAAAUAUUUUAAAACCCACUUUCUCUGUGUGUUAGCUCAAGUCUUAGGAUGCAUGACAGUUACUAGAGACAAUGUCUGUUUCAUGCAGGCCAUGGCAUCACGAGCUAGUCUGAAAACCAGGCAUUGAGCAUAGUGUCUUUUAACAAAGUUGUAAUGAUGAAAUAUGCAUACUGGCAGGAUUCUUAGUUAAGAUAUUUUUACAGCCCCUGAUUUAAAAUCAAUGUUUUAACAAAUUCUUUUUAUAUUGAUAAUAAAUUUAUUACUUUUGUUGAAUAAAAUGUGAAAGAUGAUUUUGAUAUUUUCAGCUUACCCUUUUUAUCAAUUGUUGCCUGUUUUGUUUCAGAAAAGCUUGAGCAGUGUUACAGGGUUAGAGUGUGUGAUGAUUUCCACUGCUUUGUAGAAUCAACUGUUCCUUCAGUUUAGCACUGACAACAGUGAAUGUCAGGGGUUAUGGCGGAUGACAAAUGUGCAAGAUAGUAACAAAUGUGUAUAUUUUUCUUAGACGAUGUUCCAGAUGGACAAUGAUGGUGUAUAUGUGAAUGUUUAAAUUAUGGUGGUUUUAUUGUACAUAUUGUGAUUCGGAGCUGGGGUGGAGUGGCGCAAAGAAAGCACUGAAUGAACGUUUAGUGAGAUCAGAAAUAAAGAAUAUAUAUCUGA